UCCCGCAGGAACACAACAAAUCCAGCUGAGCAGCAGCUCCGUGCACUUAAAGCGUUUGCUGUUUAUGACCUACUGUGCACGUCGCCUCUGGAAGGUUUUUACCGUCGCUGUCAGCGUCGCCACAAAGAUGCGCUUCGAUAUGAUUCUUCAGUUUCUUGCCGUGCUCUUCCUGCCAGGAGUAUGGGGUCAGAGCAGUAGCAGCAGACUUGGUGUGGUGGUGGAGGCCAAGAACAUCACCCUCCCUGCAGGGUCUAAGGCUGUCCUGCCCUGCCACAGCCCCCGCAUGGUGUGGACGAGGGACAGACUCAAGGAUCGUCAGAGGGUGGUGCACUGGGACUUGGUCCGCAGCAGCCCUGAAUACUCUGUAGACCGAGUCCUGGACAUGUCCCCUGGAGCCCGCCAAAGGGUCUACAAUGACUUCAACAGGGGACGCAUUUCCAUCCCAGACUCUGCUUUCAGUGAUGGCAACUUCUCCCUAAUAAUUAACAAUGUGGUCCAAACUGAUAAAGGAGUUUAUACCUGCAAUCUGCACCAUCAUUACUGCCAGCUUCACCAGUCCGUUCAAAUCCAGCUCAACGUCACAAAGUCAUCUCGGAAAGAGAGACGUUACUGGGAUGGAGACAAGACUAUAUUUGUGGUCUUGCUGGGCAGCUCAGUGGUUUUGCCUUGUGUGAACCGGCGCCCCCUGUGGAGAGAGGGUCUCCUUGAGGACCAGCAGCAGGUGGCUCACUGGGACUUCCAGCCGCCUGGAGUGCGCCCCGACAGGGCUGACCGCCUGGUGGACCUCUAUGCCUCUGGAGAGCGCCGGGAUUAUGGACCACUCUUUGCCCAGAGCAAGAUGAGUGUGGCUGAGGAUGCUUUUACAUUAGGGGACUUCUCCCUGUCCAUAUCUGACUUGAAGCCAGAUGACAAAGGCCUUUACUCCUGCCACUUGCACCACCACUACUGUGGUCUGCAUGAGAGACGUAUCUUCAGGCUCACUGUGGGACCUCCACUUCCGUCCGCCCCCUCUACAGUGCCGAGAAUUUUCCAGAAUGAAGAGCCAGACCCAAGGACUGAUCGGGUGGAGAGUCCACAUGUGGUGAACGUCAUCCUCCCAGAGCAUCGAGGUUAUUUUGUGCAGCAUUUGGGCUACUUCCUGGCAACUUUCUUACUUUUGGCGUUCAUUGUUGUUGCUGUCAUUGUGAUGACUCGACGGCGCAAAAAGAGAGGGUUAGAGUAUGAGCUGCGGAGAUCUGAUCGUGGAGGUGAAAUGUCGCCGGACUGCACAGAGCUGAACAUCUACAACCAAGAACCUCUGAAUUCAGACUACAAAAACAACCUACUUAAAGAGAGAGACAUGACCAAAGACUGCAAUAAGGACUUGAAUGGGAAGCUGUGGCAGUGAGUGCGUUAUUUCUGAGAUGCUGCUGGCAGGUCCAGGGCAAAUACCCGAAGAGGAGAGGAUGGAAAACAAUGAGAGAAUCCAGGAGAGGACAGGAGGAACGCUCCCUCUGCUGUAACUUUAGCAUAUGAAGCUUUUUCACUAAAAGGCACCAUCUUUUUUUACCUGGUAGUUUUUAUAUAACUAGCAUUCACCAGCUGUUAAUACAUUUAGGUUAAAGGAAUAGUUCGGGGUUUUUCGAGUUAGUGUUAAAACAAUAUUGAUGUAUCACUUUGUACAUGAGUGUAGAUCCUGGUCAUUGUCACUUCUCCUACUCUCCACACUGACCCUGAAUGUUUCCACAUUGAACGUCACUACGCUGCAGAAAAUGAGACAAACUACACAACUCUCGUUUUGUAAAAACAUGCACUCCAAAGUUCAUCUGAUGCUGAAAUGCAGCUUCAGCUGUCCCACAAAGUUCAUUUGAGUCAGUAUUUUUCAAAGUUACAGUCUAUUUAAAACCCAUUUCUCUAUUAUUUCCCUGGACAGUACUUUGCUGGGCUGCAGCGGAAGGAUAUGUUGUAGUAGUCGCAUCUGAAUUUUAGCUGGUGUUUACCACUGGAGGGAUAACGUGGAAAUGAGUUUGUACCUUGACAGCUACAGUAAUUUUGCGGUUUGUGAUUUUGGGACACCAGUAAAACCUGCUCCUGUGUUUGGAUUAUAUUUGUGCGUGUGACAUCUCAGAGUCACUCCUGUGUUUCUCCUGUUUAUUCCUGCUUCAUCUUCGAUUCACAUGAAGGAAAACAUGGUUUGUGUCUGCAUCCAGUGUGUUCUGAAAGAAACAAGCAAUUGGCAGAAGCUCCCACAGAUUUCUCAUGAGAGAUCCUGGAACAGUCAGAAUGGACCUAACAAGGCCGUUUGCUCUGCACAGCUGUGCCAUCACCAGUCAACCUAACAGCUGAUGAGGGGGUAAGUGCAAAAAAGAAUGUAAAUAAAUGGAUAAACAACAACACAUUUGUUUAUCCAUCAACUAAUCUAAGACGAUGUUCCUAAAAGGCCACAGUGAUGACAGUCAGCAGUUCACCUACAGUGUAACAGUGACACUGACUCAGCUUUGUUGAAACAAAUAUAUGCUAUUAUAGCUCACAUGGUCAUAUAACUGUAGCCAGGACAUCACAAUAUUGAUUAUAGGUUUACAUGAGUGAAAAGUCAGUUGCAGACAAUACUAGGCCUUACAUGCAGCGACUCUGCGCCACUAAGAUAGAAGGUAUCCCUCCGCUGCAGCACAGCGAGAAACUCCCAGGGAAAUAAAAGAUGAAAAUUAGUUUUUAAUUAGACUGCAGCUUUGAAAAAUGCCAAAUCAAAUUAGCUUAGUGGGACGGCUGAAGCUGUGUUUGAGCUGCAGACUGUGGAGCGCAUGUUUUUACAGAACAAGAGUUUGUCCCUCAUUCUUUUGUGGCGCGGUGACGUUCUGGGUGGAAACAUUCAGGGUCAGUGACCAGGAUCUGUUCUCACUAACAGGGAUACAGCAAUAUUGUUUUAACACCAACUUGAAAAAUCCCAAACUAUUCCUUUAAACAUAUGUUUUAUCUUGACUGUUUGCAUCAAUUUGUCAGCUUAUGUUGAACAUUAGGCAUUUUAUCAUCCUUUUAAAACAAUAUUUUUAUUAAAAUGCAUGCUGUUCAUUAAAGUAUGUUAAGGUGUAGCCUACUGUAGACGCUUACAUAGCUGCCAGCUCACUGCUCUCCUUUUAACUGUUGAACUUUGAUCAGUUCUUUUUUGUUUUGCACAAAUUCUGCUGUACUUGUAUUUGUAAAAGGUAUACCAUCAUGUUUCAGAGAUUAAUGUACUUUAUAUAGACUGGAAACAAGUGCCAUUUGUUUCUAGCUAUAUAUGCAUUUGUAGUUAAAUAUAGUAAAAAUUAAUAUUUUGCUUGGUUUUUACAAAACAAAGUGAUUAAAUUUCAACUAUUUCUGAAUUUUAUGUAGUUUUGAAACAUGAGACUUCCCCCCCAGAUGCAUACAUGGUGUCAUCAGAUAAUGUAUCAGGUGAAAAAUAAUGACCAAGGACUAAAGGCUCAGUCUACUGAAACUCAGGAAAAGUGCACAUUAAAGUAUGUGUUUGUUAAUCAGUGGGAUGCACAGUACUGGUUUGCAUCAAACAUGUACAAGGUACCCUGGUGGAAAAAGGAAAAAACAAAACAACUUUGUUUUAGUAAAUUUUUGUACCAAAUCUGCUGGGUAACUAUACAGGUUUUGACACAUCUUCACACCUUGUGUGGGUUACUGCAGGAGGAACCGUGUCUGCGGUCUCAGUAAUGCUAAAUCACAAACUGUCUCUCUCUGUGUCAUGCUCUGUCUUGCUUGCUUUCCCACACUGUAAUGUUGAUCUCUUCUAAUAAACUAAUUCUAUUAAGGA